AUGUCGGGCGCCUCGCUCGCGGAGCGGCGCGGCCUGCCCUGGCGGCCGGCGUCGGCGGGCGGCGGCGGCUGCCGCGGCCGCGCGGCGCCGGAGGGGCGCUGGCCCCUGCAGGCCCGGGUGGCGGGCGAUGUCGCGGCCGCCAUGGUGGCGGAGGUGAGGGCCGAGGUCAGGAGUACGGUUGUGACCACCGUUGUGCAGGAAGUGGCGGCCGAGAUGCAGAGGUCGCUGUCGACCAUGUCGCAGUCCCUCGUGGCUCGGUUUCAGCGGGACCUCCGCGAAGAAGGGGCAAAGAUCCGCGAGGGCUUCGCCCAGGUGGGUGAGGCACUCGUGUGCCAGUCAACGGAGCAAUUGGUCCAGCUCAACCACUCAAUUUGCAAGAGUAUCGAGGAUUGCACUGUAGGUAUUGAUUCCACCCAGUUGGCGGAGGCCGUUGCCAAAUGCCAUAAUCACGAGGAGAUGAGUGCCGUGAAAGCGCAGCUCCUGUCAAAAUUUGACCACCUUGACGAGCUGUUCUCCAGGAUUGAAGCCUUCGCAGAGGGCAGUGAGCAGCUGCGCGAGCAGAUGACAUCAUUCUGCCAGCAAUCGUGGGAGUUUUCUGCCGAGCUCGAUGCUUCCAUCCGCAGGAGCAUGGAAGACUGCAAGGUGCAGGUGGACUGCAGCCAGAUGCUGGAUGCCAUUUCUACCAUAGCGUCCGCAUUGCCGCCGACGCCAGGCGGGUCUGGGCAAGCGGAGGUCGUGGAGGAGAAUGCCGACUGGUCGCCAGCGCAGUGGACGAACCAUUCGUCGAGAACCGCCGCCGACAGGACCUCGAGCUUCGAUGGCAUGCAGCACGGAGUUGGCGGGAUGGCGAAGCAGCUGGAGGUGAUGCUGGAGCAGAACUACUUUGCUCUGCUGAUGGAGAUUCGCAAGAUGAGCCAGGGCUCUGCAGUGGCGGAGCAGCAAUUUCCAGAGGGCCUGGACCGAUGGACAAGAUUCGCAAGGUUGGUGAGAUCUGCAGCCGUUGCCAACAGGUCUGGCACAGGUGCCGCGUGA